CGUCACAGGUUUUGGCAGUCCGUGGGUGAACUAUUUUCUUCAUUGUUGACCUUUCCUAAAUCUUAGGUGUAAUUAAUACAAUAAUAAGAGUGUAUCGCAUAUUAGGACAAUUUAGUAUACAGUUUAUUUACACCAACAAUGGACUCGGAAGAUGACACAAAGGAUGAUGUGGACUCUGGUAACGAAUCCAGCGGGGACGAUGUCGACUUUGUCAUGGACGAGACUCACAGCACAAGGGAACGGCAGACGGAACUCGAGGAGUAUCCGUACGAAGUGUUGUCCACUGAGGAAAUCGUCCAGCAUAUGGUCGAUUGCAUCAAAGAAGUGAACACAGUAGUCGAGAUUCCAGCGACCACAACACGGAUACUUUUAAAUCAUUUCAAAUGGGAUAAAGAAAAACUUAUGGAAAGAUUUUAUGAUGGUGACCAGGAUCAGUUGUUUAAUGAGGCAAGAGUUAUAAAUCCAUUCAGAAAACCCGUAAUACAGAGGCCAAAGUUGCCAAGAAGAAUAUCGACAUCUGGAACUGAAGAAUGUGAAAUAUGUUUCUCUGUUUUACCUUCAUCAAUAAUGACUGGUUUGGAAUGCGGACACAGGUUCUGUACACAGUGCUGGUGUGAAUAUUUAACAACAAAAAUUAUGGAGGAGGGCUUAGGACAAACGAUAGCGUGCGCGGCGCACGCGUGCGACAUAUUGGUCGACGACGCGACGGUGAUGCGUCUCGUGCGCGACGCCCGCGUGAAGCUCAAGUACCAGCACAUCAUCACUAACAGCUUCGUCGAGUGCAAUCGUCUGCUCCGGUGGUGUCCGUCCCCGGACUGCAACAACGCGGUGAAAGUCGCGUACGUGGAGGCAGCGCCGGUGACGUGCCGGUGUACGCACACCUUCUGCUUCGCCUGCGGGGAGAACUGGCACGAUCCCGUCAGAUGCUGCCUGCUGAGGAAGUGGAUUAAGAAAUGCGACGACGACUCGGAAACGUCAAACUGGAUAGCGGCGAACACGAAGGAAUGUCCCAAGUGCAACGUGACCAUCGAGAAGGAUGGCGGGUGCAACCACAUGGUGUGCAAGAACCAGAACUGCAAGGCAGACUUCUGCUGGGUCUGCCUGGGACCCUGGGAGCCGCAUGGCAGCAGCUGGUAUAACUGUAACAGAUACGACGAGGACGAGGCGAAAGCGGCCCGCGACGCGCAGGAGCGGUCCCGCGCGGCGCUGCAGCGGUACCUGUUCUACUGUAACCGCUACAUGAACCACAUGCAGUCGUUGCGGUUCGAGUCCAAGCUCUACGCCUCCGUCAAGGAGAAGAUGGAGGAGAUGCAGCAGCACAACAUGAGCUGGAUCGAGGUCCAAUUCCUCAAGAAGGCAGUGGACAUCCUAUGCCAGUGCCGCCAGACGCUAAUGUACACGUACGUGUUUGCGUACUAUCUCCGCAAGAACAACCAGAGCGUCAUAUUCGAGGACAACCAACGUGACCUCGAGUCGGCGACCGAGACUCUGUCUGAGUACCUAGAGCGGGAUAUCACUAGUGAGAACUUGGCUGAUAUCAAGCAGAAGGUGCAGGAUAAGUACAGGUACUGCGACAGCCGGCGCAAAGUACUACUGGAGCACGUGCACGAAGGCUACGAGAAGGACUGCUGGGACUACACAGAGUAAUCCUCCCUCUUUGUCACACACACACAACACUCGUGUACAGCUAUCUCUCUCUCAUACGCACCCGCACACUAGCCGGGCUUAACAACGGAAAUGGUAUUAAAUACUCGUUCGAACGUGUCCACAUA